AUGCCACCAUACCAGCCACAACAGAUGUCAUACCUUCCUGCGCCGACUUAUCAGCCGCCUCAGUAUACACAGUUCCGGCCUCAAGCGUCGAGACCGGCACAAUCGCCUCCACCACAACAGUAUAGGCCUCCGGCUCAGCGGCCUAAUGUUGGUGACAGAGGAAAGGGAAAAGUACAGGGACAAGCUUAUACCCUGGCAGGAGGCAGUUUGGGAGGUCAGACCAGCAACGCGGUGGUUGAGGAUUUGAUUAUCCUUCUGAGGAACCUGUUUGAUGUGGUACUCGGAACGGAUUGGCUGUCGAGGCACGGUGCAAUUAUUGAUUGCUACCGUAGGAAAGUGACCUUGGUGACGGAUUCCGGAGCAGUAAUUUCUUAUCAGGCAGAGAUGACCCCAGUCCUUAGGGAACGACUGUUGAAGUACAGCAUUGGGGGACGAAAGAAUCUAGCCUGUUUCUCUUCCCUUCUUGCCUUAAGAGGUGAACUAGAAGUAAUUGGAGAUAGUGUGAGAAUCCCUGUAGUGGAUGAGUUUACAGAUGUAUUUCCUUAUGAGCUACCUGGUUUACCGCCAGAUCAGGAGAUUGAAUUCUGUAUUGACUUGGUCCCGGGAACGGCACCUAUUUCCAUCCCUCCAUACCGGAUGGCUCCGGCGGAGAUGAAAGAAUUAAGAACGCAACUUGAGGAGGAAGAGGAUAUUCCGAAGACUGCUUUUCAGACUCGAUAUGGACACUUCGAGUUCCUGGUGAUGUCAUUUGGGUUGACAAAUGCCCCUGCUGCAUUCAUGGAUUUGAUGAACCGUGUUUUUCGGCCGUACUUGGAUCGGUUCGUCAUUGUGUUCAUUGAUGAGAUCUUGGUGUAUUCGAAGGCUUGGGAAGAACAUGAACAGCAUUUGAGGAUUGUUCUUCAGACUCUUCGUGAACACCAGUUGUAUGCGAAGAAGGAGAAGUGUGACUUCUGGCUGACAGAGGUGAAGUUCCUUGGCCAUGUAAUUUUAGGACAAGGAAUUUCUGUGGACCCAUCCAAGAUUGAGACUGUGUUACAGUGGGAAAGGCCGAAGAAUGUGGCAGAGAUUCGAAGCUUUCUUGGACUCGCAGGGUAUUACCGGCGUUUUGUAAAGGAUUUCUCGAGUAUCACUGCACCGAUGACUCGGUUAACCGAGAAAGAAGUCAGAUUCGAGUGGGAUGCUGAAUGUGAACAUACCUUUCAGGAAUUGAAGGUAAGGUUGACAAGUGCACCGAUUCUGACAAUUCCUAAUACCGAGGAGCCAUACGAGGUGUACUCUGACGCCUCGGGGGUUGGGCUUGGUUGUGUCUUGAUGCAAGGCAGACACGUAGUAGCUUACGCAUCUCGCCAACUGAGACCACAUGAGCGGAACUACCCCAUGCAUGACUUGGAGUUAGCAACGGUAAUAUUUGCUCUGAAGAUAUGGAGAUGUUAUCUCUACGGAGCAAGGUUUCAGGUCUUCUCUGAUCAUAAGAGCCUGAAGUACUUGUUUACUCAGAAAGAUCUGAACCUCAGACAGAGGAGAUGGGUAGAGUACAUGGAAGAUUAUGACUUCACUCUGCAGUAUCAUCCUGGAAAAGCUAAUGUGGAAGCCAUGGGAACAGAUCUGAAUUUUAGCACUACAUUUCAUCCCCAGACAGAUGGACAAUCUGAAAGAGUUUCCCCACGUAAGGGAGUUACUCAGUUUGGUGUGAAAGGGAAGCUUGCGCCAAGGGGAUGCCCCGUGGCGUGGAAUGGGAAUGGUCCCCGGCGUUUAAUCUUGGCUCAGAAGAAGGCUAGCCUUAUGCUUGACUCGGACUAUUUAAUGAUAAGGCGACGUGAUGAAAAGCUACCAGACGAAGUCAAGGAAGAUAAUGGAUUUACAUUUCCUUCUCUCGGACUUACGGGCUUCAGCUCCUUGGCCUGGAGGUUUCACCUCUCCUCCCCUCUCCCUGUCGGGAGAGCUUCAGGUAGUCCGCCCUUUCCUUCUAGUCCAGCUGGAGUUCUAACAUAG